GCAACGGGAAGGGGGUGGCUUAUAGGGGAGAAGUUACUACUAGUGCUUUCAUUCAUUUUUUUUUCUGUAUAUGAAAUACUUCCUAUGAGAGCUAGGUUCUAUACUUCCGUGCUUUGUAUAAUGCUCUUCUCUUUCAUUUCUGUUAAGUUGGUUGCUAGCAUUAUUUUAUGGGCUAUCCCAAUUUUCAUAUAUGUCGCGGCUAGGCAUGGGGACAACCGAGUAAUGCCACGCACCAAUUUCUGUUUUUACGUAUAUCGUUUUUUCCGCGUAUAAGAUUUUCGCGCGUAUUGUACGAAAAAGAACCUUUUAAGAAAUCCUGCGUAACAAAAGAAAGCGACCAAUCCUUUGGCGUUGCCAAAUUCGCCUUAGGUAUCUUCCCAUGUCCACCAUAACCGAUCGUCACCGGACGAGAAGACCCCAUAGGAAAUCUCGGGCAGGGUGCCAUAAUUGUAAACAGAGAAGAGUAAAGUGCGACGAGCUCAAACCAAUCUGUGGUAACUGCUCACGAUUUUCCAUCCCUUGUGGGUUUUCGCCACACCUAUGUGGAAGCGAGAAAAGCAAGAAUAUAUUACCUGAUGUCCCAAUUCGUCGGAAGCGAGGCCGGCCACGUAAAGAUUGGUCGGCUAUCACGAGGGAUUCUGCACCCCACGGUGAGGAUGAGGUCGGUGAAAGCUCUGAAACCACAGGGUCUAGCCCAGGUCCGUCACUAAUAAAGGGGCCAAUUUCAUCUCCUCAGUUGACUGUUGAUGAACUAGAACUGCUGUAUCACUAUCUAACCGACCCGAACUUCAGCCACGGGGACAAACUGAUGUGGCAGGUCAAAGUCCCUCGCUUAGCCUUCAGUCAUCAUUAUGUCCUCCAUCUGAUACUAGCCGUAUCGGCUUUCCAUCUUAUGAGGGUAGAUCCAUCUCGUGCAGAGCACUUCAGGAAGCUUGCAGAUACCCAUCACUCUAUAGGCAUUCGCCAAGCAACCAAACUCUUUCCUCAGCUUAGCACAGAGAACUGCGCUCCAUUAUAUGUCGCUGCAGUCUUUGCCUGUGCCUGCGGCUUUGCCAAGGAGCCGACUCCAGGGAAUCUCCUCAUUAUCGCCGAAGGAUGCGAAGUACCUUGGCUGGACCUACUAAGAGGAGUCCGACUCAUUGUUGAGAAUAUCGGCUUGGAACACGUUUUCUGUGGCGUUUUGGGUCCAUUUCCUCCACCAGAACCCAAGGAGCCAACAGAAACAGACGAAUACCAAGUCGACUUUGUAUCGUGGGAAGAGCCUCUGCAGAAGUUAUCAGCGCUCGUUUCCACUGCGCCUUCGUCAGCCCAAGAAAUUUAUAACAGCACCUUCGAAUGCUUAACAUGGUGUUUCCAUGAAACUUACGGGACAUCUACUGCUCCCAAGAGCCUGAUAUUUGGUCAGCUUCACGUGAUUAUGGCAUGGAUAUACAAACUAGACGAAGGCUUUGUGGAGUUUAUACGCCAGAAGCAAUCUACUGCCCUCAUAAUUCUAGCGUAUUUUUGUAUACUUCUCAGUUCGCUCGAGUACUAUUGGUUUUUACAAGGAUGGGCGAACCACAUCUGCCGAGGCAUCACGAACUCUCUAGAUCCAUCAUAUGAACACUGGUUAGAGUGGCCAAGGGAACAGAUCGAAAAAUCUCUUAAAUCACGAAUAAAAAAGAGAAGAGCGUCUUCUUGAAUGUUGAGUUGCUAGGAACCCGUCUGUCAGGGAUAUGUGGCGCCAUAGCGACAGCGCAGAAUAUUACUUUGAAUAGUAUCUAGGAUGAGGGCGUUUUAGACUUGUUGCUCGAGUGUAUUCGGGAGUAUCAUAUAUAUUCCUUGAACAUAUAUUCUUCCUGUUUAUAAGUUAAAUGCUCCGUAAGUGUUGAUAAAUGAUUG